GGUGUUCCCGGAGUAAAUUGACGCUGCUCCCGUUUUCCCGGAGUGCAGCACACCUCCGCGCAGGCAGUGGUCCGCUCCGCACCGACGCCACACGGCCGUUGGUCUCAGAGCGGAGCGCAGGGAGAGGUUCACCCAGACUCUGCCAUUGCUCUGCUCCGUCCCGGUGGUGCCUCCUCUGCACAACUUUUCAUCCAGCGGUUAGCUCCCCAAGCGUCCGAGGAAAGCUGCUCUCAUCCCCCCAGCUCGUUUUUUUUUUUUUUUUACUUUACCCCACUACUGGACUUUCUCCCAUGAUUCGACACCCGGCCGCACUAACGCUAGCGUCCCGGGCUACGAAGAUACGAGAAUGAACUUUGGACUUUCCACACGGCUCUUCGUGACAUCGUCGUCCUGGAGCAGAUAAAAUAACAACGCAGCCCGGCGUGGCGGCGGCGGCGGCGGCGGCGGCUGGGCUAGAAACACACUCAAGAAAUCAAACAGCGAGGAACAUAUUACUCUCUGCCGAGUGACUGUCCGAACGCAGGCGGCGACAACUUCCAACCUGCCACUUCAGAGGAGGGACAGGAGAGUAAAAUGUCCUCCAAAGCGGCUAAUAAGAGUGCAGCGAUGGAGGAAACAGUCAUAUGGGAACAGCACACAGUGACCCUUCACAGGGCCGCAGGAUUUGGGUUUGGCAUUGCCAUCUCAGGUGGCCGAGACAAUCCUCAUUUCCAGAGUGGAGAAACAUCCAUUGUGAUAUCUGAUGUGUUAAAAGGAGGUCCUGCAGAGGGACUUCUACAAGAAAACGACCGUGUGGUGAUGGUCAAUGCUGUCUCUAUGGACAAUGUAGAGCAUGCCUACGCUGUGCAGCAACUCCGCAAGAGUGGCAAAAAUGCAAAGAUAACUAUCCGUAGGAAAAGGAAAGUACAAAUCCCUGUUUCGCGGCCAGGAGACAGGGAGACAAUGUCAGAGCAUGAGGAAGAGGACAGCGAUGACGAGGAUGAUUAUGAGCACCACAGUGGUCGUGGUGGCCAAAGUGCUUAUGGAGGAGCAAGUGGAGGCACAGGCAGGCGUCAAGAUCGUGAGCGCAGCAGCAGCGGCAGACGGGAUCAAAGUCCCUCGCGGGAGAGAAGUGUCUCACCGCGCUCUGACCGCCGAUCACAAGUCUCGUCUGCUCCACCCAGGCCAGCCAAGGUCACCCUUGUCAAGUCCCGCAAAAACGAAGCAGAAUAUGGACUCCGAUUGGCCAGUCACAUCUUUGUGAAGGACAUCUCUCCCGAAAGCCUUGCUGCCAGAGAUGGAAACAUCCAGGAGGGAGAUGUUGUACUCAAGAUCAAUGGCACAGUUACAGAGAACCUGUCACUGAUAGAUGCCAAGAAGCUGAUUGAAAGGUCAAAGGGCAAGUUGAAGAUGGUGGUGCAGAGAGAUGAGCGUGCCACGCUGCUCAACAUCCCUGAUCUUGAUGACAGUAUCCCAUCAGCUAAUAAUUCAGACAGAGAUGAUAUUUCAGAAAUACAUUCACUGACAUCAGAUCAUUCCAAUCGAUCCCACGGGCGAGGUAGUCGAUCACGUUCGCCUGACAGGUCUGAAACAACGGACCAUCUCCGCCACUCACCUCGGCCGAUCAGCAAUGACAGCCAUCGAAGCCGAGAUGAAGAACGUGUAUCCAAACCAGGGGCCAUGUCCACACCGGUGAAAAGCUCUGACGAUGGAGCCUUAUCACAGGCCAGCGACCAGGCCAGUUCCAGAGAUGAGAAAUUGUUACCUCCGCUGCCUGAACCAAAGCCAGUUUAUGCACAGCCUGGUCAGCCUGAUGUGGACCUGCCCGUCAGCCCCUCUGAUGCCCCUGUACCCAGCGCCGCUCAUGAUGACAGUAUUCUUAGGCCAAGUAUGAAGCUGGUUAAGUUCAAGAAAGGAGAGAGUGUCGGGCUGCGGUUAGCAGGAGGGAACGAUGUGGGAAUUUUUGUGGCAGGAGUUUUGGAAGACAGUCCUGCAGCCAAGGAGGGACUGGAGGAGGGCGACCAGAUUCUCAGGGUGAACAGUGUGGACUUUGCCAACAUCAUCCGAGAGGAGGCCGUGCUGUUUUUGCUGGAUCUCCCAAAAGGAGAAGAAGUUACUAUUCUUGCUCAAAAGAAAAAGGAUGUGUAUCGAAGGAUAGUAGAAUCAGAUGUGGGCGACUCCUUCUACAUUCGGACACAUUUUGAAUAUGAGAAAGAGUCACCGUAUGGCCUGAGCUUUAACAAGGGCGAGGUGUUCCGUGUUGUAGACACACUCUACAAUGGAAAACUUGGAUCCUGGCUUGCUAUCCGGAUUGGCAAGAACCAUCAGGAAGUGGAAAGGGGCAUCAUCCCCAACAAGAAUAGAGCUGAACAGUUAUCCAGUGUGCAGUACACCCUCCCCAAAACACCAGGGGGAGACAGAGCGGACUUCUGGAGAUUCCGAGGAUUGCGAAGUUCCAAGAGGAAUUUGCGGAAGAGCAGGGAGGACUUGUCUGCGCAGCCAGUUCAGACCAAGUUCCCUGCGUAUGAGAGGGUGGUGCUGAGGGAAGCUGGGUUCCUCAGGCCAGUGGUUAUCUUUGGACCGAUAGCAGAUGUGGCCAGAGAGAAACUGGCAAGGGAGGAGCCAGACAUUUUUGAACUAGCGAAAACACAGAAACAACAAGGAGGGGAAAAGAGCGAACCCAGGGAUGCAGGAACCGACCAGAAAAGCUCUGGCAUCAUUCGCCUGCACACCAUUAAACAGAUAAUUGACCGAGACAAGCACGCAGUUCUGGACAUCACCCCUAAUGCAGUGGACCGUCUGAACUACGCUCAGUGGUAUCCUAUUGUGGUGUUUCUCAAUCCAGACACCAAGCAGGGCGUCAAGAACAUGAGGACCCGCCUCUGCCCUGAGUCUAGGAAGAGUGCCAGGAAACUCUAUGAUCGAGCCCUUAAAUUGAGAAAAAACAACCACCACCUCUUCACCACAACCAUUAACUUGAACAGCAUGAACGAUGGUUGGUUCGGAGCACUGAAAGAGAAUAUCCAGCAGCAGCAGAACCAGCUGGUGUGGGUUUCGGAGGGCAAGGCUGAUGGGGCAGCUGAGGACGACCUGGACAUCCAUGACGAUCGUCUGUCCUACUUGUCGGCACCAGGUAGUGAGUAUUCCAUGUACAGCACCGACAGCCGCCACACCUCCGACUACGAGGACACAGACACAGAGGGUGGAGCUUACACCGACCAGGAGCUGGACGAAACACUGAAUGACGAUGUGGGUCCACCCACGGAGCCCGCCAUCACCCGCUCCUCUGAGCCUGUCCGUGAGGAUCCACCCGUCAUCCAAGAACCCCCUGGCUACGCUGGCUACCAGCACACACUGCAACCGGACCCCCUGAACCGCAUCAACCCGGCUGGGUUCAAGGCACCAGUGCCGCAGCAGAAAGCAGAGGCCGCUGCCGUCCCUAGCCUCCCCCAGCAGCCUGAGCCCCUGGCUGAGACAAAUCCCCCUGCUGUCGACGUUACUGUAAAAACUGUAGGGGGCCUGAGCCCUGACGAGGCUCCUGCAGCUCCCCACAUGCAGCCAAGCCCCAACCCAGAGGCUGGCUCGCUUAGGAGGCCCACACCUGAGCUAGCCCGUCAGAGCGUCACGCCAGAACCUCUACAGUCUGGACUGGCCAGUUCUGAACCAAAGAUGUUCCAAAAGGAUCCAUACAGCACAGACAACACUGGGAGAACUGGUCACAGUAUGAAGCCUUUGGCCUACAACCCUCAGCAGGGAUAUCACCCUGACCAGCAGCCGUACAGAGAUUACGACCACCCCCCGAGUCGGUAUGAUGUCAGCAGCAGUGGAGUCAGUAGCGGAGGUGGUUACAGAGAACCAAAGUAUCAUGACUAUGACUCUAACCCACCCUUCGAGAACAGUGUGCCUCACUUCGACCAGCAACAGUGGAACCCCUACAGCCAACCGCUCUCUACUGCCAAUUCUCAGGGCUACGAUCCCCGUUUGCCAUACAGUGACGGCCCUGACUCCCACUACACCCCUCCUCUCCGCUACGACGAGCCCCCACCUCAGCAGGGAUUUGACGGACGGCCCCGUUAUGGUAAACCAACCGGUCCUGCACCUGUCCGUUAUGAUGAUCCUCCAGCACCAGGGCCUGAUCUGCACUAUGACCAGGAUUCUCACCUGAGUACGUACCCAGCUGCUGCACGCUCCCCUGACCCUGCUGCCCAGCGACCUGCCUAUAACCAGGGACCAGCACCGCAACAAAAAGGCCACAGAUCUCAGCAGUAUGACCCUGUUCCUGUGAACUCUGAAACCAGCCCCACACCUCCUCCAAAAGCAGAGAACCCCUCACCUUCCCCUGUGGACCUUCCAAAAUCUGCACCUGUCAGAGAUGAGCAGCCUGAGGACGACCCAGCCAUGCGGCACCAGUCAGUCCUGACGAGGGUCAAGAUGUUCGAGAACAAACGCUCUGUGUCCAUGGACCGAGCCAGAGAUAACGGGGAUUCAUCUGGAAACAGGGCAGCAGAUUUACCCUUGAAAGCAGGUGGAGUAAUCCCUAAAGCAAAUUCUCUUAGCAACCUGGAUCAAGAGAAGACCUUUAGAGCUCCAGAGCCACAGAAACCUCAGUCCAAUGUAGCUGAUGACAUUGUGCGCUCCAACCAUUACGACCCUGAUGAGGACGAGGACUACUACAGGAAACAGCUGUCCUACUUUGACCGGCUCCAAACUGGCCCCACCAAACCCCAGCCACAAGCACAAACCACCCACAACAACUACAGGACGGAGUCAGUGGAAAAACCAAGUCCAGUGGAGAAAAAAUAUGAGCCUGUUCCCCAGGUUACACCGUCGCUGCCACCAGCCACACUGCCCAAACCCUCAACUGAAGCCAAGCCUCCUGCACGAGAGGACACUGUCCAGACCAACUUCCUGCCUCAUAAGAGUUUCCCUGAGAAGUCUCCAGUUAAUGGCACAAGUGACCAGCCUCCAAAAACAGUCACUAGCACCACGGCUCCCCCAGCAUCCAGCUACAACCGCUUUGCGCCCAAGCCCUACACCACCUCUGCCAGACCUUUUGCACGCAUGUUUGACAGUCCGAAAUUCAACCACAACCUUUUGCCCAAUGACAAGCCUGACACUGCUCCAAAGGACCGGAGCUCCAGCCCAGUGAAGCCUCAGGUGAAUCCUCAGCCCCAGAACACAGACCAUGACAGUGGUGUGGACACUUUCACACGCACGAUGGACCACCGCUCUAAAUACCAGCACAACAACAUCAACGCUGUGCCCAAGGCCAUCCCAGUGAGCCCCAGUGCUCUGGAAGAUGAUGAAGAUGAAGAUGAGGGCCACACAGUAGUUGCAACAGCUCGAGGAAUCUUCAACAGUAACGGUGGCGUCCUGAGCUCCAUUGAGACAGGUGUCAGCAUAAUAAUCCCACAGGGUGCCAUCCCUGACGGUGUGGAGCAGGAGAUCUACUUCAAGGUCUGCAGAGACAACAGCAUCCUGCCACCGCUCGACAAAGAGAAAGGAGAGACUUUGCUCAGCCCUCUGGUGAUGUGUGGACCUCAUGGCCUUAAGUUUUUGAAGCCUGUGGAGCUGCGCUUACCUCACUGUGCGUCAAUGACCCCUGAUGGUUGGUCUUUUGCUCUAAAAUCCUCCGACUCCUCGUCGGGUGACCCGAAAAGCUGGCAGAACAAGUCUAUUCCCGGGGACCCCAACUACCUGGUGGGCGCCAACUGUGUCUCCGUGCUCAUCGACCACUUUUAAAGACGGAGACGGGGCCGGCAGGUGUGACGUUAGUGAAGAUGGCUGUGGUGGAUAAAAUGAAGACGACACACAUGAGCCAUUUUUAGACAUGGCCUCCAGAGGAACUCCAGAAAAUUUGGUCCAGACUCUUUCCCAGAGUAUUUCUUUUCACACAUGCACAACACGGCAGGAGAUUCUCCGCUCAGGCGCGUUCGCAACAGCAACACAUUUUCCGCAGGAUUCAGGCAAGGGGUGGGGCAGCAGGCAGACGCAGGAAGUAACAUAUUAAUCCCGCUGCGGAGAUCACAGGUUUUUGUCUACAUAACAUCCACACAGGCGUUGGCCCUUAUCACUGCAAACUCUCAUGACAUCUCCGUCAGUGUCUUCUUCGUGUAUGGCACCGCUUUUUUUUGUAUUUUUAGUUCUUUGCGUCUGUUGCGUGUCAGAAGUGUCAUCAACCUCCCACUCACUCACGGUGAAUCCAGCAGAGGAUCUCCUGCUGUGUUCUCACUUUGACUCCGGACUUUCCUGAGUUUCUUUGGACUUUAUACAAGGAGGAUCUCUGGAGUUCAGUGCAUGAAUGAAAGUUACACACACACACACACACACACACGCCACAAUGGAGUGUAAAGAAGAUUGGCGCGGUGCUGUUUACCUACGGACGAAGGAGAGACCGAUGAUCACUACAAGUUAUUUCUGAUAAACAAUUUCCCCUAAUAUGAGGUUUUGAUGUGAAAUGAAGUCGUUGAUGAUGCAUGCCCCAAUCUGAGGUUUAACUUUUUAUAUAAGGCAAUGUUAAUUGUAAUUUUUACAUGAAUAUAGAUGGACGGACGGCUUUUGAGGCAGCGUAAAUGCCUCAAAAAUAUUUAUGCUAUAUAUGCAUACAGUAUAUAUAGUAGUAUAGAGAUAUACUGAGUUUAAAUCAUGAAUCCAGUCAACAUCUUGUCGUUUUUCAGUUCAGGUGACUUGAAAACAAACCUGCAUCUCCACCUUUAUUAUUUUUUUCUCCACAAUGAAGGUUUGAGGCGGACGUGAGAUAAAACCAGAGAUGGUGACGUCUGGAAGUUUCUGUUGAAGGAGUUGAAAAAAGCUCGAGCUGGAUAUGAACCCAAGUAGCACACUUUUAUAGAGAUGUUCUUCCUUCACUCCUUUAUUCUUCCUUUUAAUACGGUUAUAUCUUGUAGCUCUUAUUUCUUCUCACAUCUCUCCUUCCAGCCUGAGGGAGAUCUAUGCAUGUUCUUUACUCAGGUCCAGUAGCCUCCUCAGUUCCCUCCUCACAUCUCUCUCUCUUUCUUCUCUCUCUCUUUUUCUGUCUGUGCACUCUUGCACACACACAAAUAAGCAGUGAUGCCUUAUCUGCAGAUUAUUCACUUUUCAUCAAGAAAUACAAAACACAUAAGUUAUGAUAAAUUAUGGUAUAAUGUCAUUUGUUUUUGCCAUUUCACAUUUUUUGUGGACCCACUGUAUAAAUGACCUUGGGUUUAGCUCACAGUAGCAGUCGAUAAAGGAUAACAAAGGUAUGCUCUUCUUUUAUCUGCUAUGCAUUACUUAAAGAAAAGAAAAACCAGAAACCAGAAAAGAAGUGGCUGUAAAUAAAGCUAGCAUAUUGCCUUGUUUCUUUUGUUUGUAAAUGAACUUUUUGUAUGUCUUUCUUUUUUGUAUAAAACUUAGAGAAAACAUGUUUUAAAAAGUGGAAGAGAGUGAACAUGCUGAUCUUUGUAUUCUGGAUAUACCCUCGAGCCUUGGAACUUAUAACCUAACAAUAACACAUCACACAUUUUCUACCAAUAUAUUCACCCUAUGUUACAGUCACAACUUCUUUUUUUUUUUUUAAACGGCUAUUUAAGGAUCAGGAAAGUACUUUGG